AUGGCCGAGGACAAAGUAGAAGAACAGCAAUGGGGACGAGUCCUGAUAUGCGGAGGGAUGAACUGGGCCACGAACGGUCGCAAAGAACGUCCACCUAAUUCAGCAUCCGACCUUCUAUCUCCUGUCAUAUUAAGAUCUCUUAGCAAUAUCAAAAUAACAAAACUCAUAACAGGACCCUCAGCGAAUUAUGCUGUAGUCCUAGAUAUCUUUGGCGCCGCAUAUAUAUUCGGUAAACCACCUUCUCCGUCACUUGCAACUUCCCCAGAUGGGAUCAUAUCAGAGCAUGCUCCAAUCAAGAUAUCACCUUCGGCGGUGGGUCUACCAAAAGAAGCGAAAUUCGUGUCGGGUGCUGCUGCAAGGGGUCAUGUAUUGUUAUUGGAUGAUCAAGGGGUUGUAUGGGGUUGUGGGAACAAUGUAGUAGGGCAAAUCGGUCUUCCCGUGACGAUGCUCAUCAAUCAGUUCACUCGAGUGACUGGACCUUGGUCGAAAGAUCCAGAAAAUAAGAUCGUACAAGUAACUGCCGGCCACACAUUCUCGUUAUUCCUCACGGCAGCUGGGCAGGUUUACGCAGCAGGUUCAAGUGAAUGUGGACAACUGGGAAAUGGUAAAACAGGUGAAAGGAUUAUCAAGAAUGGGAAAGUAGCUUUUGAUAUUGAAUCGCCUGCUCGCCUCAUACAAGGAUUCGAGAAGCGAAAGAUCGUCCAGAUAGCCUCGGGGAACCAGCAUUCUCUAGCAUUGGAUGAAGAAGGCUAUGUCUAUGCUUGGGGAUAUGCAGGUUAUUCAAGGUUGGGUUUACAGGAUCAGAAAGAUCGACUAGUACCUACUUUAGUGCCUCAUUUUGCCGGAAACAACAUUGCUUCGCGGGCUGCUCAAGUAUUGUGUGGACCAACCAGUUCGAUAGUGGUGGAUAGACAGAAGAUGUUUUUGAUAGCUGGGAAAUUUAAAUUGACGGGAGAUGGUUCAACUGGGCAACCAUAUACGUACUUCAAAUAUAUACAGGAUAUUAUGGCUUGUAAAGUUAUAAAAGCUAGUUGUGGAGGAUGUACUCAUUUCCUUACUACUCCUGAAGGAGACGGUGUGAUGACAGUGGGCUUCGGACAAGGAUGUCUAUAUGGAGAACUUGGUCUUGGCCCUGACGCAGGUAAAUCAGCUACCAAGCCAGUGAAGAUUGAGCCUCUAUCCGGUGUGGACGUCAUAGAUGUGGCUGGAGGAGCGUUUUUCUCCCUAUUCUUAGCUCGACCUAAUGCUGCUUUAUCGGAACUCGAUCGAUAUCCUGAACAUAUUGAGAGUCCGACGAUAUGCUUGGCAUGUAACGAGGAGAAAGAUGAUGAUCCGAUGGAGUGUGAAAAGUGCGAUUCACCUUACCACCCCGAAUGCCUUACCCCACCACUAUCCGAACCACCAGAAGGGGAAUGGUUCUGCCCCGCAUGCGAAAUACAAGCAGAUGCAGGUCCCGACGAUCCUUUCGAACCUCUGUUUGUCGAUGGACCUAAACCUAAGAAGAAAGUUCUACCUAAACCACCUCUGUCAUUGGAACGAGCUUCAACACCUAAGAGUGUUUCAUCGCCUAAACUUGAAAGCGUCAGAUCGAAUGGGUCGAAAGGUACACCGACACGGACGCCGACGGGUAAGAGGAAAGCUGACAGUGAGAGUAUACAUGGUAUGUGA